CUCAAGCAUGGUCCGCAUCACUGAGGAUCUUAUCCGGCGUCGCGCUGAGCACAACAACUGUGAGAUCUUCUCUCUGGAGGAGGUGUCACUGCAUCAGCAGGAUAUUGAGCGAAUAGAGCUCCUUGACAAGUGGUGCAGAGAUCUGAAAAUCCUCUACUUACAAAACAACCUCAUCCCUAAAAUAGAGAAUGUUGGAAGACUGAAGAAGCUGGAGUAUCUGAAUCUGGCCCUGAAUAACAUUGAAGUGAUUGAGAAUUUGGAAGGCUGUGAAAGUCUGAAGAAGCUGGACCUUACAGUGAACUUUGUGGGUCUGCUGAGUAGCGUGGAGUCCCUGAAACAUAACGUGCAUCUGCGGGAGCUCUACCUGGUGGGGAACCCCUGCACUGAGUUCCAAGGUUACAGGCAGUAUGUGCUGGCCUGUCUGCCUCAGCUACAGUGGUUGGACGGCACAGCAAUAGGGCGAGCGGAACGGAUACGGGCACUGCAGGACCUGGAUGGCCUGAGGAGGCGUGUCUUGCAACAGGAGACUGAGUAUUUGGAAAAGAGAGAAAAGCAGAAGAAGAAAGAGCAAAAAAAGACCACACACAGCAACCCCCAGGAUCUAGAUCAUAAAGAGCUCAGUAGCAACUUCUCAGACGAAGCCAUGGAGAACAGGUACCAAGAUUCUACUGCUGAGUCUGAGUACUCGCCAGAACAAGACCAAAACCUAGCCUUAAACUCACAUUCAGAAGAACAGGAGAGGGAAUUCUGGGAAAAACCUUGUGCCUUUACUCCAGAGUCAAGACUGGAGGCACAUCACUAUCUAGAGGAAAAGAAGAGAGCAAAAGAGAGACAGAGAGAGCCGAAGGGCAAAGCUAAGGCCCCCAGAACUCUGAUCACUGCUGAGGGAAAAGUUUUGAACGUUAAUGAGGCCAAACUGGACUUUAACCUCACUGAUGAUGAAGACAACAACUGUGUGCUUCUGGACUUGCAUGUGUACAGGCAUUUGGACACAUCCCUUCUAGAUGUGGAUGUUCAACCUACAUACGUUAGAGUGACUGUGAAAAGAAAGGUGUUCCAGUUGGUUUUGCCUGCUGAGGUGAAGCCUGACAGCAGUACAGCACAGAGAUCUCAAACCACCGGCCAUCUGCUUCUCACUAUGCCCAAGGCACAUGGAGAGAUAAAAGUAAAGAAGGCAGUCCUGAAACCAUCCCAUGUUAAGAAGAGCAACAAGAAUGCAGAGGAAAAGCCCAAGGUGAUGACUGGUUGUGAGAGAUUAGAGGUCGACCCCAGCAAAAUCUCUACUGUAGACCUGGCCAACAUUGUCCCUAAAGAAAACUACACUGCCCAGGGACCCCUGCCGUUCUCCUGGGGACUACAAGCUUGUGGAGCCCAAGAGAAGCCCGUUUCCAAGGAGUUUGUGGAUGACCCAGAAGUGCCCCCACUCAUCUGACACAAAUAAAAGGUAAUAGAUAAUGGAUGCGAGUGACUCUUGGUCCCCCUGACUCUGAUGAGGCAGUUUCAUCAUUGCAUCCAUCUUCUUUACACACCUAGGCUGAUUCAUCGAGGUCUUAUGUCACACUCAUGGAUACACACACAUCCUUCUGCUUCCUGUCACAUAUUCAAGCCACAAUAGUGUUUUUUUCAGCAUUUUUUGCAGUACUGUUCAAAAGUCAAAAAACAAUUUUCAGUCAAAACAGAUAUUAAGUGCAGGUUAUUCAUUUUUCAGUGUUGGAGAAAAAAAGCAGAAAACAAAUAUUUUAACAGAAAGAGGCCCCAGUGACUCCCCCAGGGACAUUUUUCAGUAUUUACUGUGUCCAUUGUUUGCCUUUAUUACAGCUUCCCUUUUUGGGAGAUUUGCUUUCAGUUUUUCAAAUAAAUCUGCAGGUCAUGUUUUUCCAGACCUCCGAAAUUCACUCUUUGGAAGUUGGUUGCAUUUACUGCUUC